AUGAGCACCGCAACCGGAGUGCUGUCUCAAGCGAUUCGUGGCGGCUCCUACCGCUUCCUCCAGCGCCUGUUAACCUUUGCCGCCAACUCGCUAGUACUUCGCAAAUUGCACCUUAAUGUGACGGGCACUGUGACCGUCCGUCUGGAGCUGGCGCUGGCCUCCAUCUUCCUCUUGCGCGACGGAUUCCGCCUUGCAUUCCUGCGCAUGCCGUCACUCGACUCGAAAGCUCCCGGCAAUGGAAAAGCUCACAUACAGCAAUUGGUGAACGUCGCGUGGCUGUCGACAGCCACCAGCUGGUCAGUAGCAGGACUGGUGCUCGUUUAUUCUGCAGUUGGAAGCUCUUCGUCGACUUUGAAAGACGACGAGUCAUUGAGCGGAUACUCGACUGUGCUAGCGAUGUACUGCGGUGCUGCGAUGAUCGAGGCGCUAGCAGAACCUAUGUUCGUCUUAGCACAUGCCAGUGUAUUAGUAAGCUGGCAAGUGGCGGCUCAGAGUGCCGCUUUUUUGGUGCGAGCAGCGGUACAGUACAUCGGCGUCGUCAUACUGGAGCUGAGCUUAACGGCGUAUGGAUUCGCUGAGCUAUCAUACGCAUUGACAUUGCUGGCGAUGUUCACAGUGUUCUUCUGGAGUCGAAUCUAUCGGAAAUCGACCGGAGAGGACAAGUUCGCCUUGACAAGUAUGAGGCAAUUGCUGCCUGGCAAACCGGAAGGAGAAGUGGACUGGUGUCACCAGGAGUUAGUGACGUUAUUAGUGCCACUAAGUGUGCAGAGUGGUGUCAAGUAUCUCCUAGCCGAAGGAGACAAGUGGGUGCUCACAGGCUUCGCGUCACUGCAGCACAUGGGGGUGUACGGCUUGGUGUCGAAUCUCGGCUCUCUCGUGCCUCGGAUUGUGUUUCUACCAAUUGAAGAAGCCACCAAGACGAUCUUCAGUAAACUAGCACUUGGUCAAAAGCAGAAGAGUUACGACAAGGACGAUAGCAAGAAGAAGAGUCUGGCCGACGGACAGACACUACUGUUAGUCUUGCUCAAGCUCAUGAAUCUCGUGGGAUUACUCUUCGUCUGCUUCGGUACUAGCUACGCGUACACGUUGGUACUACUAUUAUAUGGAGUUGAGAAGGCGCUUCAAGGAGUGGGUGCUGCGUUGGCUGUUUACUGCGUUUACAUCCCGUUCUUGGGGUUAAAUGGCGUUUGUGAAGCUGUUGUACACGCCGUUGGAGACGACCACGAGUUGAUGCGACUCAACAAACUUCUUGGCGUUUUCUUCGCCAUCUACGCGUUCAGUGCGCUCGUGUUGAUGCAGGUGCUCGACUGGGGAACCUUCGGACUCAUCCUGGCCAACUGCGUCAACAUGGCGUGUCGGAUCUUGUACUGCUUGAAAUUCCUGGCUUCGUACUUCCUGGCGUUCUGGCGUCAAUCGCUUCCACAUCGGUUCGUUGUCGUCACUUUCUUCGCUUCUUUGGCAGUGACAGCAACCUCUCAGCGUCUGCUGCUGGCUUCAGAGUCGAAGUCACACUCGUUGAUGCGACACGCACUGCAUGUUGCUGUGGGGGUAGUCUGUUUUGGUGCAACGAUUUUCACGCUGUACAUCAAGGAGCGACAUCUUUUAGGAGCUCAAUUGAAGACCCUGCGAGGCCAAAGCAAGUCUCACAACGACUAG